AUGUAUCGUAUUGAUCCCGGUCUACGACCAGGCCGGACGGCUGCAGAACUACUAGAAGCCUCAAAGAAGCUCUACGUUCAAACAGAGUUUUUAAAGAAGCACAAAGUAAACCCAAAUGCUCCACGAAUGUUUAAAACGCCGUCGGAAGAAGAACUGGAAGGAACAUAUCAAAACUCAGAGGACUUUACGGUUGUUGAUAUCAAACCAUCGCAUGGAGUUAUGUUUUGUAUUGCCUCUCGAAGAAACAAUGAAAGCGAAGUCUUACGAAACAGUGUUAACAGUGCGUUCCGACCCUUACGACAAACACCACCCCGACCUCCUAAAAGUGAAAAAGUCCUGCUAACUGUGGACAGAAUGAAACUAGAUCAAUUAUCGCGCAAAGAAAACACACAGCUGCCGAACUACGGAGAACUAACAUUGAAGCGAAUAGCAAAAACAACAGAAUAUUCUAAUAAUGCGUCACCAGAAAACGGUUUAAUGGUAACCUCAAAUAAGGCUUGCAUUGAUGCUACAACUGCAGAAAAUUUUACGAGAAGUAAUUACAAACUCAACGCAGAAAGCGACUUUAAAAAACAUUCAGAUCAAGCAAAAUUUUCCGAUGCAGAUGUACAAUCACUUAUCAGAACGCCAACUCGACCAAAACCCCCACCACGUUUGUCACUGUUACAUAAUCAAAAAAUAACUAACACAAAAAGCACAUUUUUAAAUGAUUACGAAAACCCUCUUAAUUAUUUGGAAGAAGAGUCUUGUUUGUAUUUACAGGAUUCUACACCUGAAGAAAAUUCCUGCCAACAUCAUGACGAGCCACUUGUAAACUAUAGUUUAAACCCCAAAAAAUUAGCUCUACAUAGUCCAAACACGCUAAAUACGCAAAAACUUUCAAGUCAAAACAACUCAAAACAUUACACUCAAACAGGCCAUGUCAACUCACAACGAUCUAGUACAACGCCUAGUAACAACUUACAUGCUGCUACAGAAGGCCAUAUUAAUUCAAGGCCUGCCCCAUUUCCCCGUCGCCGUCAAACAACUACAAUCUUUGUUGAAGCGCAAAUGCCUGUCAUGACGCAAAGCACAUAUAUCGAGCGAUCUUCAAUCAAAACGGUUGAACGUUCAACUUCAACCAACAAUUUGACUAAAAGCACGCCAGAUCUAACUGUAGAAAUUUCUCCCCCAACCCCAUCUGUUACCCCAACUACACAGAUAGAUUCUUCAUACUUGAGCAAUGGCACUUCUUCAUCACAACAAACAUCAAUUCGCAGUAUAAAUUCACCAGAUUCCGGAGCAUCCAGCUGGAAACCCCCUAUUACGGCAAAAUUGACCAAAAUGUUGGAAGUAAAGCGGCCUUUGAAUCAAACAAGGUCAUUAAUGAAAGAAGUUACUAGUAAUAAGUAGGACCUUCUUUAUGCACAAAUAAUUUAAAUUUAAACAUUUAUUAAAAACUUUACAACUUAAAUCUAACGAGUGUUGAACGUCGAACAAUAUAUCUUCAUAUCGAGUUUUUGCAGAGUCCCACAAGUUCCAAGACAUGGGUUACCCAUUAAAAGAAGUAUCUCAGCCAGUUGCCGAUCACAACAUAUAAUAACCGCCAAUAGUAUAAUGGGCUCACUAAAAGCUACAGACCCAGACUUUGUUGAACGUGUGCAACGUUGGGAACGCCAAAGAACGGCAGCCAACAAUCACUUAGCCGUUGCUACCGUUGACGCUGCUCCUGCGAUGACUAGUUCCUGGAUGGAACCAAGCAAGAAAGAUGUUGAAGAACUUUUCAAUUCACAGGUAGGUUUAAGAAAAGCUUUAAAGUUGUGCCUUAAUUUAUAUUUUUUAUACCUCUGACAUAUAUAUUGUAACAAUAUUAACGAUUUUUACAUAUUUAUAAAAAUUAAAAAAAAAAUAAAACGGGCUAUCGUUAAACUACAAAAUAUUGGCAGGGCCUUGAAGCUGCUUUACUUUCUCCACAACCAUCAACUUCUGUAAGCGACAUACCAUCAGAUUUUACGUCCAUCACCGCUCAAAAAGAACGUUUUGAAGAAGAACAGCUUUACGCCGUUACUUGCACAACGCAAGCUCCUGCGGAAAGGCCUGUUUCACUAAUGGAAAAAAAUGCUCGGGUCUUGCGAUGGAUUCGCGGCUGCACCAUGGCCACAAACUGUUAA